CCUAUUUGUGAUUUAAGAUUUUAUAUUUUUCUCUAGUAAGAAUUAAAUAUCUAGUAUUUCGUUCUUUAAUUAACCUAUGCCGGUAUAUGGAGGUAUUCUCUUUGUUGAAUAUGUUGCUCCUGAUGUAUUUUACUGUCAUGAUGUGGUUUUCUCAAAGCAGAGCUACAGUUACAAAAAAUCCAGUUCCACCAGAAACAGAGGUUUUAUUUCAAUGUUCAUUAUCUGGGAAUGACAUGAUGUGGAGAUGGACUCCUAAAUACCCACUUUGUACAGAUCCUCAGGACCUAAGCAAAGACAAAAUAAUUUUGAUUGCAUCAGGAGUAGAUGGUAGGCAUGUAAAUGAAAAGAGGUUCAAGAACCGCCUAACAGUGAAUGAAUAUGCAAAUGGAACACAUGCUCUAGUACUGAGUGACUCCAUUGUGAGUGAUUCUGGAAGAUUCAUUUGUGCAAAUGUUAAAGAAGAAAAAGAAUCGUAUGACCUUGAGGUUUUACCAGGAUGCUAUAAGGGUGUUGACAUUUCAUCUAGACACAGUUUAAGUAAACUAAGGAGCAGAGAUAAAAUUCAAUUUUCUUGCACUCCUUGUGAUAAAACAACAACAGAUACAUACAAGUGGAAACUGAACAGACAAAUUCCUGAUGGUGAAGAGGGAAUAAGUUGGACAACAACUACUCUCACAAUUAAUAAAAUGACAGAAGACACUGAAGGGAAACUGGAGUGCAUUUCAAAAAAGAAUAGUUCACUGACUUCAGAAAUCUGCUUACAAAUGGACUCAUCCACAAAUAAAAAUGACUUGAACAAGAAAACCACACCAUAUUAUCCAAUUAACAUUGAUGCAGGAGAUAUGGGGAAAAAAGAAGACAUGUCCAAAGUAACCUUGCUGUCAGUGGUUAUCACGAUCACCGCUUUCUGCAUCAUCUGUGCUCUUUUGUUAGGAGUUUGGUUUUACAAAAGGAUAAAAUUAAAGAGGUCCAAGCAGGCGUAUGGUAGCAGGGAGAAGGAAAGAGAAGGUGUAAGGCAGGAGCCAACUCUGGACAAGGCACCAGACCAGUAUACUCACCUACAUGGGCCAAUUAAAAUCUCCAUUCAGUCUAAACCACAGGUCUUUGGGGACGUGGGAGUAAAACUGGAGUUUCUCUAA